AUGCCGAUUCAUGGAAAUCCCGGUCGUGCAGUGAUGCUUCUGAAGCAGCUGAAACAACUUAAAUUGUCUGGUACACUUAAGAAUCCUGAUGUUGAAAGCUUUGCAAGGUUCUAUGGCUCUCCUGCUGUUUGCGAAUCUCUAACAACCUCGAAAGCCUCCAAAAGACUAUCAAGAGAUGAUCGGCGAGCUGUGGUGGAGUCUUAUGUCAACGAAUACAGAGCAGCUAAUGGUGGUGAAUUCCCUACAUUGGGAGGUACUAUCAAGGAAGUGGGAGGGGGUUUUUAUGUUGUCAGGGAUAUCUUUCAAGAGCUGAAGCUCAAACAAAAUGCACCCAUGCCAAUCGUAGCCAAAGCCCUCUCAGAAGUCCCUACUUCUGUGCCAAAUGAUGCUUCCUCACAGACUUUGAAUGACCCUCAGUCACAUAGUGCUGCUUCUUUCUCUACUGGGGUUGUUGACUCUAUAUUUCAAGCUGAUACAAUUGGGACAAGAAGUGAUCUAAGGCAGGCUACAAUAGAUUUUUCUCACCCUGAUUCUGAUGAAAUUAGUCUUGAGGGCAACACUCUUGUCGUUACUGCAACACAGGACAAAGGAGAAACAGAUACAGCUCCUAACAACGAGGUUAACAGUAAAUGGGAUAUCAAUGCUCAUCUAUCCGAAAGUCAAAAGGAAAUAGCAUUAGAGGCAUCUUUUAAAAACUCUGAGACUGAGGAAGAGGAAAAUUUGAUGCAUUUGGGUAGUCAAGAGUCAGAAGUAGAUCAUCUUGAAGGAGCUGCCGUGUCAGAAAUUGUUGUGCUGACUGAGGAAGCAAAGAUUACCAAGUAUUCUGAUGAAAUUAAUCUCCAAGGCGACAAUCUUGUCAUUAUUGCAACAGAGGAGAAAAGAGAAACAGAAACAGCUCCUAACAAUGACGUUGACAGUAAAUGCGAUAGCACUACUCAUCUACCUGGAAGUGAAAAGAGUACAGUAUUAGAGGACUGUUCAAAAAACUCAGAGGCUGAGGAAAAGGAAAUUUUGACAUAUGAGGGUAGUCAAGAGUCAAAAGUAGAUGAUCUUGAAGGAGCUGCCAGUUCAGCAAAUGUUGUGACUACUGAGGAAACAAAGAUUACCAGACAAGUUUCAGAGAGACGGGCUGUUGAGGUGGAGACAGGAGAAAGGUCAAGUGCUUGGAGCAAUAUAAUGUCCUUUGCGAAAGAAUUUGCUAACUUUUGGAGGAAAAAGUAG